UUUACAAUCCGCCAUGACUGAACACAUUGAAGAACAAGGAAGCGGCUACGUGAGGGCUAACCAUGGCUGACAGUCCGGCAAAGCCCCUUCAGAAUGCCAUGAAAAUGGCCAAAGCAGCAAUACAGCUGGACGGAGGGAACAAACACAAGGAAGCUUACUGUGAAUACCUCCGGACGAUCAACUACAUAUCACAUGCACUUUUGGAGGAAACUGGUUCCCAAACUUCAGAGGUGGAGCGGAUGUUGAGGCUGGCUGAGCAGUGUCUGGAGAGAGCCAAGUCAUUUAUAGGGAAGAGCACUGAACCCCCUGACCUCUCUGCCUCUGUCUCUGCUUCCUGUUCACCUGAACAGUCAGAACCCCAUCAGACUGCUGUCCUCCCAGCUGCCAAUGCAGAAAACACUGGGCGUAAAGCAACCAGCCCAACAAAGACCGGUCACCGCAGGGUGUUGUCAGACGGUGGUGGUGAGCUCUCCCCUUUUCUGCCUCCUGAAAUCUUCCAGAGACUACAAACAGUGGUGUCACAGGACAUGAGCAAAAAAGAGCUGACACCCAUUGAAGAAGCAUCCCGUUUGAACCAGAAGUUGAAAGCCAAUUAUGAAGCUCGUCUGGCCAGGCUGACACCUGGUCAGGCCUACCAGAAGACAUCUUUGACGCUCUCUCUCCAGCGGCAGAUGAUGGAGAACCUCAUUAUAGCCAAGGCCAGACAAGAUGCUCUCCAGCGGAAGAUGGAGGAGAGAAGGCUAAGGCUACAGGAAGAGGCCAACAGAAGAUUUGCAGCAUCUGGCGAAAUGACUGCAGAGGAGCAAGAGCAGCGUAUUCUCUACACCAAUGUCCUGGAAUAUGAACAAGACCAUGGUUGGCCCAAACAGUGGAAAGCCAACAUAAGGAAGAAUCCUGAUGAUGCCACAUUAGUUUCAGGUCUAGUCUCCUACCUGCUCAGUCGGUCUGACCACCCGGUGGUGAAGAUGCUGAGAAAACACCAGUACCGGAUUUACAACAGGCUCUACCCCAUUGUCUGUAAAGGCCUCCCCCGGAGUCCCUCCCUGCUGCUGAGGCCUUCUCGCAGCACUCACAACCUGCUUCAUCCAGAGACCCAGAGGAAACCAACCAGGACUGUGAGUAGUAGCAUUGGCGGCAACAGCUACAGCACCGGCUCUUCCCCCUCACUCUCUCGCGAACUCCACACCAACUAUGACGAUGAGGAUGGGGAGGAGCCUAACGCACUGACGGUGGAUCGGGAGAACUCAUUUGAAGAUCUGGAGCAGUUCCUGACCCAGCUGGACUGGGCCCCGCCUCACGGCAGCACAGAUGACACCUGCUCAGAUUUAGAGCUGACCUUUGAUUCCUCGAUGCAGCUGGAGCAGGACGAGGGACACCAGGAGCUGGAGAUGAGAGCGCUGAGAGAGCACCUGAAGGCCAUUGUCAAAGACAUUCACAUUGCUAUCGAUCAACUUCUGUCACUGUGUUUGCUAUCGUUUGAGUGUUUAAACACAGCCAGCUCAAAAGACCUGUGCCUCGCCUGCAUAGAGGAAGCCUUCUUCACGCCCCUGUGGAGUGCCCUUGUGGCUCUUUUCAGAAAAGUCCACAGGGAAAGGGAGCAGGCCUUUGAGACAAGUAUGACGCUGUACCGGGAUGCUUCACCUGGAGAUGUUGGUGUUCCCUUGAAACUGUUCCCCCAAGACCCUGGCGCAUUGCAAGGUUCCUUCCCCUAUGAAUCUGCUGUUCAGGAGCUUAAGCUUCUCAUUACAGACUGCUGUCCACAGAGGAAGUUGGAAUGUAUUGUUAGGACAUUACGGCUGAUCUGUGUCUGCGCUGAGGAUUACAGGUGUCUUCAUGAGACGGACUCUACACCCAAAACAGCCGCCAUCGGUGCAGAUGACCUGUUGCCGAUCCUCUCUUUUGUGGCUUUGCGGUGCCAGUGUCCCCAGCUGGUGUCUGAAUGCGCUGCUUUGGAGGAAUUCAUUCAUGAAGGCUAUUUGAUAGGAGAGGAAGGCUACUGUCUGACCUCCAUGCAGAGUGCAUUGGCCUAUGUUGAGUCGUUGCACACAGGAGGAGCUCACCUUUCUGCAGGCAAGCUCAUUUAAUAAAGGCUCCUGCAGUCACAAGACCUUCAUCCCACCUUCCCUGCAGCGCUACAGUCAACAGCUGAACCUGCCGCUCCCUGCUAGUUGUGCAGACGCAUGCUAUCUUGUACACAUGCAGACAUAUUGUACAUUUAACAGAAGGACUUCUUUUUGCUCGGUUU